CUGCGACUGCUGCUCUGUGCUCUGCUCUGCUCUGCUCUGCAACGAACGCGGCGGCGAAAGCGAAAGAACACGGAAUCGGAAUCGGAAUCGGAGUCCCAAUCGGAUCGAAAGCAGAAUCGGUACGACGCCGACAAAAUCCCGACAAACGGUUUUCGAAUCGGUCCAAGGUUUAAAACAACAAAAGCGAAACGAAAGGAAAGCAAAGAAGAACAACAACACGACGACGGGGAGCACAGAAGAAGAGUAGAUCAUCUAGAAGAGGCGCACAAGAAGCCGAAGAAGGGAGAAUGACAAAAAGAAAAGGAUAGGAAAGGAAACCAUAAAGGAGCAGCAGAAACUAAAGGAUAAAACUACUGCAGAAAAGAAGGUGAUAAGCAACAAGGGAAAACAGAAGGAAAAGCUGGAAAAAUAACAGAAGAAACAGAAAGAAAGAAAACAAAAAAAAGAAGCAAGAGAAGCUACAACGCAAAGCCUGCUGCAGAAACGCAGAAGAAACGCAUACAAAGAACCCCCCACCCCCCUCCCAACAAAAACAACACGAAAGUCUUCAGCCCAGAAAGAGAGACAGAUAGAGAGCGAAAGAGAGCAUCGCACUGCAUAAAGAACGAGCGAAAGAGAGCGGGUCGGGUUGGCGGUCAGCGUCGUUGUGGGACACCAAGACGUGCAAAUCGCGCAUACGCCGCGUGAACCGAUAGCCAGCCACAGGCACAGGCACAGCCAAAACCAUAAACCGAAAUUAUUCAGUCGAACAGUCGGCCCGAAACUGGCAUAGAUCCAGCUUCAGACAGUUGAAAAAGGCUAAGCGAGACGGAGAGCUGACCGAGAGAGAGAGAGAGAGAGAGAGAGAAAGAGUGACCGGAAAGCGGAAAGACUGAGAGGGGCCGAGGAUCACACUGCAAAAAGUGUGAGACAGCGGCAGCGAGGGAGAAACGAAUUCAAACUGCAGCCGGCAACAGAUCCAGCUUCAAGACGUCUUGCAAACGGCUGAAAAUGGAAAAGACUCCCCGGUACACACAGCGGGAGCGGAAUAUGGUGCUCGGCUACGCGGCGCAGUACAAGGAAGUGAUCGAGAACAAGCGCACGGACGCGGAGUCCAACCGGAAGAAGGACGAGGUCUGGCUGCAGAUCGCCAAGGAGUUCAACUCCCAGGUGUACCAUCAGCGCAGUGCCAAGCAGCUGCGCCAGCUCUACAAGAACAUGAAGCUCCUGCUGAAAAAGGACCUGUGCGGCGAAGACAAGACCAAUGGCACCUUCCUCGAUCUGCUCAACACACUGUCGCAACAGGAAUCGGUGGCUCAGUACAUAGCCACGCAGAUGUCCCCGAAUGGGGGCAACCAGAGCGGCGGGGCCAAUGGCCAUCAUCAGGACGACUAUGAGGACUCAAAGGUAGGUUGGCAUCUGGGGAGCGAUCUCUAUAACCAUCUCAGACAGCAGGUCACUGAUCAACUGAUGCUUCAACAGAUGCCGCCAUACGACAUGGACACGGACGUGGUCCUGAUCAAAUCGGAGACCAUCAGCGACAACGAGCAGACGGAGAACGGCAUGGACUGCUUGGACGACGACGACGACGAUGACUGCCCGAGUCCCAAGGCGCCCGAGGUUUGCCUCGAGGAGGAGGAUGAUGUCCUCUUUGCCACAGAUCUAAGCCAGCUGCAGCAGGGCUCAGCGGGAUCGGCAGGUGGCGGUGUGGGCAGCGGAAUUGGUGCCUGCUCCUCCUCGUCCAUGUCUCUGCCCGGCGGCCUAGCCAGCCUCAACGGACCACUGAACGGCCUCUCGGACGCAGUGCAGCGAUCUGCCAGCUCGCCCGUGUGCUCCACAAAGACCUCCGUAUCCUCUAGCGGCAGUUACGUGUCGUCAACCCCCAAACCGGACAUCACCAUCCAGACGGUGGGCCACAUACGCGUGGGGUCCUUUGCCAAUAUCAAUAAAACCCUGCACAACGGAUCCGCAACGCCCAAUGCCAGCAAUAGCAAUGGCAAUGGGAACAGCAGCUCCAACAGCGCCGGAGUGCAGCACCUCACAGCGGAGCAGGUGCAGCAGCAUAUGCUCCUCAACGGUCUCGGUCUGUCCGCUGUUAAUCCACCGCCACAGACGCUGCAAGCGGCCAUCAAUGCUGCCACCGCUUCCGUGCCUGCCCCGGGAACCAUUGGCGGCACUGCCUUUGGCGGAAAUCGUCGCACUCCACCCAUCCUUCAGCUACCGCGUCUCCAGCGCGGCAACAACAACACCAACAACAAUAACAAUAACAACAACAACAACAACAACCACAACCCCAGUCUCGGCAGCGGAACGGCGAACGGUGUGCAACUGCUGCUCAAUGGCCAUCAUAAUCAGCAUGGGCGUGAUAAGGCCACGCAGGGCGUGGCCAUUGGGGCCGCCGGCAGCUUCAACGGCUACAACGGCCUGGCCGUCACCGUGCCCUGCCUCAACAGCAGCAGUAGCAGUGCAAAUAGCAGCGGCGGUAUGCUCAUGUCCAGCUCAAACGGCGGCAGCGGGAACGGAACGGGUCCGCGGACGCAGCAUCAGGAGUUCAUGAUGUCGCUGGCCAUCGAGGAGCGAAAGCGGAAGAUCGACCUGCUUAAUGCGCAGAUCGACUACUGGCAGACGCUAACCAAGAAGCUGGGUGCCCAGCCGGGCCACUUUCCCAAUCCGGCGUGCCUUUGCCACUUUCCGGGCAGCGCCGCCUUGGGCCAUGUGGCCGGUGUCACCUCGUCCGCCUCCUCUUCAUCAUCGGCUGGUGUCCUGCAGACGCAGACGAGUAGUAGCUAGUCCGAAGAGGACGAUGGCGAUGAUGGGGACGGGGGCGGAAGCAGGAUCGUGAUCGCAAUUAGGAGCUCUUCGGAUGAGGAGGAGGAGGAUGUUGAUUUCGGUCUUGUCGAUGGCCAGGACAGCAGAGGCGGCAGCAGCGACAUCAUCUCCAUUGUCGAUAUCAAUGAUGAUGAUAAUGACGAGGAUCCUGAUGGACAGAUGGAGGAGGAGCAGGAAGAGCUGCAAGUGCAGCUGCUUUUGCCAGCAAAGAUCGCCAUUACAGAUAUGCCGGAUCUGCCAGAUGAAUAUGAUUACUACUCACAGGAUGCCUUAGCCAGGGAUGUGGGCGUGGUGGGUGGCCUAUCACCGUCGAGCCCCUCACUGUCGCCAUCCCCAUCCCCAUCCCUAUCGCCCGCCCCCCAGCCAGCCGCCAAGCGCUCGAAGCGCCUGAAAGCCAACUCCAUGCAAAGCUGCAGGGCACAGAUGGAGAUGAAGCCCCCUAGGAGGAGGAGCAGCUGCAGCUAAAGCUAAAGCUAGAGCUAGAGAGCUGGUCUAGUAUUUCUACUAGUUAGUAUUGUACGUAUUAACCCAGUCGUAACGCACCUGCAACAAAAUCCGAGUGCGCUGCCCCCGCACCAGCUACACGUUAACUUAAUAUUUUAUAAUACUUUUACUUUUACUUUUACUACCGCUACCAUUGCUAUUCAUGAAGGAGUACUACUAUUAUUAUGAUUAUUAUUAUUAAUAUUAUUUAUUUAUGCCUAAUUUGUGUGCCAAAAAGAGAGGAGAUCAGAAUUUAACUUAACCUUUCGACCUUUGCCAUCGAGAAUGCUUGCCAAAAACAAUGAUGAACGUACGCCUUAGUCAAACCAAAACCAAAACCGAAACCAAAACCCAAGCACCACCCCAACUCGCAACUCCUAUUUAUUUUACAACAAAAGAAACCUAUGCUUAACUGUU